UUGACAGAGAGCAGUGUGGAAGUACAGCUCUCACUCUAGAUCUUGCUGUCUACUACAAACCCAGCAUCAGUGUAAAUAAUGAACUUGAGCCAGAAAUCCAGUGCGCACCAUCAUGCCCAGGAUUACACAGGAGUCUCCGAUGAGGAAGAUGAAAUUGAUAUUCUUGGAGAAAAUGAUUCCUGCAAUUUAAGGUUGCACAUUAACCAACAGCCCACACAUUCAGAAAUAGGGGACAGUGGAGUGUUGAGUCCCUCCAAGCUAAGCGGCACUGAAAAUUCUUGUCAUUCCUCUGAAGAAAAAGAAGGAGGUACUUCCAAAGACUCUUUACACACAACACCUGAUAGCAAAGCCAGCCGGGCCUUUUUAAAACCUCCUUACUCUUAUAUUGCUCUAAUCACUAUGGCAAUUGUGCAGAGCCCAUAUAGGAAACUGACUCUCAGUGGCAUCUGUGAUUUUAUCAGCAGCAAAUUCCCUUACUACAAGGACAAGUUCCCUGCUUGGCAGAACUCCAUUAGACACAACUUGUCUCUUAACGACUGCUUUAUUAAAAUACCACGGGAACCAGGAAAUCCAGGAAAAGGCAAUUAUUGGACACUGGACCCUGCCUCCAAGGACAUGUUUGACAAUGGGAGCUUCCUUAGAAGGCGGAAAAGAUUUAAGAGACACCACCAGGAGUUAAUUAAGGAUGGGUUUCUGAUGUACAACCCACUUCACUACAUCACCCCAUACAGUGCCCCCCAAACACAGACUCCAGUGAUAUGCAUGGCAAUACCACAGAACUUGGCCAUGCCAAACCACCUUGCUCCCUACCCCCACAAGAUAAAGGUUCCUUGCCCUGACCAGGGAGUAAACAGGGUAUUUAAAGCACAGGAUAACCAUCACACCGCAUCUCACCACAAGUGCUCAUUUAGUAUAGAAAACAUCAUGGGAGAACCCAAGGAGCCAGAGAAAUCUCUCAAAAGCUUCAACCAAAAUUGGAACUAUAAUCAUUUAUUGCAGAGCUCAAGCGCCUGCCUUCUUCCAUCUGGGUCACACAUUACCAGUGCCCAUCAGGGAACACAGUACAGCUUCAUCAAGUUCCCUGGGUGCUAUUAAAGUGAGAGACUUUGGGCACCACAUGAAUCCCAUACAGUUAUAAUCAUAAUAUUUUGGUUUUCUACUACUGACUUGUGAAUUCUACUUCCUCCAGGAUGUUGCAUUGGCUGUAACGCCAAAAUAUUUAUUUUGUAUAUAUUAUCUAAGAAGCAGGCAGUGAGGUGUUUUUUUUUGUUUCAUAUUUUUUAUUGUUAUUGUUAAUAGAUUAAUGUAAAUAGAAAUUAAAACUUCUAAAUUAUUCAUCAUGAAAGCUAAUUUUGCGUUGCUCAUAAUUUAAAUAAUAAAAUAUUACCUGUAGAUAGAUAUUUCUCUAUAUCUCCAUUAGCUGAAUGUGUAAUAUGGGAAAUGUAAUGUUUGCAUUUUAAAAUAUUGCACAUCAUUUAUAUCUGGGGUUUUAUCUUAAAUUAAAAUUUUGCUUAUAAU